CUCCGCGGCGGAGCGGCUCGGGAGCGGCUCUAACGGCUCGCGCUCCAUCCACCUCGACGGCGGAGAAGCCUACCAGCCAUGUCUGAUUCGGGCGGCGGCGGCGGCGGGGAGGACGGCGGCGGCCUGGAGGCGACCGGCUCGGCGGUGCAGAAUGUGGCGGACGUGUCGGUGCUGCAGAAGCACCUGCGUAAGCUGGUGCCACUUCUGCUGGAAGACGGCGGGGAGGCCCCGGCCGCCCUCGAAGCGGCGCUGGAGGAGAAGGGCGCCGUGGAGCAGAUGCGGAAGUUCCUCUCGGACCCGCAAGUCCACGCAGUCCUGGUGGAGCGCUCCACGCUCAAGGAGGAUGUUGGUGAUGAAGGAGAGGAAGAAAAAGAAUUUAUUUCUUAUGGGAUAAGCACUGACAUUCAUUAUGGUAUAAAAUCAAACAGUUUGGCUUUCAUUAAGCGGACACCGGUAAUUGAUGCAGACAAGCCUGUGUCAUCCCAGCUCAGAGUUCUCACUCUCAGUGAAGAUUCUCCCUAUGAAACUUUGCAUUCCUUCAUUAGCAAUGCUGUUGCUCCGUUCUUUAAGUCCUACAUCAGAGAAUCUGGCAAGGCAGACAGGGAUGGGGAUAAAAUGGCUCCCUCAGUUGAGAAAAAAAUUGCAGAACUUGAAAUGGGACUUUUGCAUCUUCAGCAGAAUAUUGAAAUACCAGAGAUUAGUUUACCAAUUCAUCCAAUUAUCACUAAUGUUGCCAAGCAAUGCUAUGAACGUGGAGAAAAGCCAAAGGUUACAGAUUUUGGUGAUAAAGUGGAAGACCCAACUUUUCUCAACCAACUACAAUCUGGAGUUAACCGCUGGAUUAGAGAAAUCCAAAAGGUGACCAAAUUAGAUCGGGAUCCUGCAUCAGGCACUGCUUUGCAAGAAAUCAGCUUCUGGCUCAAUUUGGAACGUGCUCUUUACCGUAUUCAGGAGAAGCGUGAAAGCCCUGAAGUUCUAUUAACAUUAGAUAUCUUGAAGCAUGGUAAACGUUUUCAUGCUACUGUUAGCUUUGAUACAGACACAGGUCUGAAGCAGGCAUUGGAGACAGUAAAUGAUUAUAAUCCAUUAAUGAAAGACUUCCCUCUAAAUGAUUUAUUGUCUGCAACUGAACUGGAUAAAAUAAGACAGGCAUUGGUGGCAAUAUUCACUCACCUGAGAAAAAUAAGAAAUACAAAAUAUCCUAUUCAAAGAGCUCUGCGCUUAGUGGAAGCCAUUUCAAGAGACUUAAGUUCCCAGUUACUCAAAGUAUUGGGCACACGAAAACUGAUGCAUGUUGCCUAUGAAGAAUUUGAGAAGGUCAUGGUUGCAUGCUUUGAAGUCUUCCAAUCUUGGGAUGAUGAAUACGAGAAACUGCAGGUCUUACUAAGAGACAUUGUGAAAAGAAAGCGAGAAGAGAAUCUGAAGAUGGUAUGGCGUAUCAAUCCUGCUCACAGAAAGCUGCAGGCUCGUCUUGAUCAAAUGAGGAAGUUUCGGAGACAGCAUGAACAGUUAAGAGCAGUCAUUGUCAGAGUGCUAAGACCUCAGGUUACUGCUGUGGCCCAGCAAAAUCAGGGAGACGUGCCUGAGCCUCAAGAUAUGAAAGUAGCAGAAGUGUUGUUUGAUGCCGCUGAUGCUAACGCAAUUGAGGAAGUAAAUCUUGCUUAUGAGAACGUUAAAGAAGUAGAUGGCUUGGAUGUUUCCAAAGAAGGUACAGAAGCCUGGGAAGCUGCAAUGAAGCGAUAUGAUGAAAGAAUUGAUAGAGUUGAAACCCGCAUUACUGCUCGCCUAAGAGAUCAGCUCGGCACAGCAAAGAAUGCCAAUGAAAUGUUCAGAAUCUUCUCCAGAUUUAAUGCUCUGUUUGUUCGGCCCCAUAUUAGAGGUGCUAUCCGUGAAUACCAAACACAGUUAAUCCAGCGUGUGAAAGAUGACAUAGAAUCACUUCAUGACAAGUUCAAAGUUCAGUAUCCUCAAAGUCAGGCUUGCAAAAUGAGUCAUGUUCGAGAUUUGCCUCCAGUAGCAGGAUCUAUAAUCUGGGCUAAACAGAUUGACAGGCAACUUACAGCUUAUAUGAAGCGUGUUGAAGAUGUUCUUGGAAAGGGUUGGGAGAACCAUGUAGAAGGGCAGAAGCUAAAGCAAGAUGGAGAUAGCUUCCGUAUGAAACUCAACACUCAAGAAAUAUUUGAUGAUUGGGCUCGGAAGGUUCAGCAGCGAAACCUUGGUGUCUCUGGUCGCAUUUUUACCAUUGAGAGUACUCGUGUGAGAGGCAGAACAGGAAAUGUCCUCAAGCUAAAAGUUAACUUCCUCCCAGAAAUAAUUACAUUAUCAAAAGAAGUCCGUAACCUCAAGUGGCUUGGAUUUCGGGUUCCUCUUGCAAUAGUCAACAAAGCUCACCAAGCCAAUCAGCUAUAUCCUUUUGCCAUCUCUUUGAUCGAGAGUGUUCGCACAUAUGAACGUACUUGUGAAAAGGUGGAAGAACGAAAUACCAUUUCUCUCUUGGUUGCGGGUCUCAAAAAAGAAGUGCAGGCUUUGAUCGGAGAGGGCAUUGCACUGGUGUGGGAAUCUUACAAACUUGAUCCUUAUGUCCAGCGAUUGGCAGAGACUGUCUUCAACUUCCAGGAAAAGGUGGAUGACUUGCUUAUCAUUGAAGAGAAAAUAGACCUGGAAGUCAGAUCUUUGGAAACAUGCAUGUAUGAUCACAAAACCUUCUCUGAAAUUUUAAACAGAGUUCAGAAGGCUGUAGACGAUUUGAAUCUUCAUUCAUAUUCCAACUUGCCAAUCUGGGUGAAUAAAUUAGAUAUGGAGAUUGAGAGAAUACUAGGAGUUCGUCUGCAAGCUGGGUUGAGAGCAUGGACACAAGUACUUCUUGGUCAAGCUGAUGACAAAGCAGAAGUAGAUAUGGAUACAGAUGCUCCACAAGUCAGUCAUAAACCAGGUGGAGAGCCCAAAAUCAAAAACGUUGUGCAUGAACUCCGAAUAACCAAUCAGGUGAUCUAUUUGAAUCCACCAAUUGAAGACUGCAGAUACAAACUCUUCCAAGAAUUGUUUGCUUGGAAGACGGUAAUAUUAUCACUUCCUAGAAUCCAAAGUCAGAGAUACCAGGUUGGUGUACACUAUGAGUUAUCAGAAGAAGAAAAGUUUUAUCGUAAUGCUUUGACACGGAUGCCAGAUGGUCCUUCAGCUCUGGAGGAGGCUUAUUCUGCAGUCAAGGGGAUUGUAACAGAGGUUGAACAAUAUGUUAAGGUUUGGCUACAGUACCAGUGCUUAUGGGAUAUGCAAGCUGAAAAUAUCUAUAACCGACUUGGAGAAGACUUAAACAAGUGGCAGGCACUGUUGGUUCAAAUCAGAAAAGCCAGAGGAACCUUUGACAAUGCAGAAACUAGGAAGGAAUUUGGGCCUGUUAUCAUAGAUUAUGGAAAGGUUCAGUCCAAAGUGAACUUGAAGUAUGACUCCUGGCAUAAAGAAGUACUGAGCAAAUUUGGUCAAAUGCUGGGCCAAAACAUGACAGAGUUCCACUCUCAGAUUUCCAAGUCACGUCAAGAAUUGGAGCAACAUUCAGUGGAUACAGCUAGCACAUCUGAUGCUGUAACAUUUAUCACAUAUGUGCAAUCACUGAAACGCAAAAUCAAGCAGUUUGAGAAACAAGUUGAGCUAUACCGUAAUGGCCAACGCUUACUUGAGAAGCAGAGAUUCCAGUUUCCUUCAUCCUGGUUGUAUAUUGACAACAUUGAAGGAGAAUGGGGUGCUUUCAAUGAUAUUAUGCGAAGAAAAGAUUCUGCCAUUCAGCAGCAAGUAGCAAACUUGCAGAUGAAGAUUGUUCAAGAAGAUCGAGCUGUAGAAAGCCGCACAGUGGACUUACUGACAGACUGGGAGAAGACAAAGCCUGUAACAGGCAACCUGCGUCCAGAGGAGGCUCUCCAAGCACUUACCAUCUAUGAAGGGAAAUUUGGAAGGUUGAAAGAUGACCGUGAAAAAUGUGCAAAGGCCAAAGAAGCUCUGGAGCUUACUGAUACAGGACUUCUCAGUGGCAGUGAAGAACGUGUCCAAGUUGCCUUAGAAGAGCUACAGGACCUUAAAGGAGUCUGGUCUGAGCUUUCAAAAGUUUGGGAACAGAUUGAUCAAAUGAAGGAACAGCCUUGGGUUUCUGUACAACCCAGAAAGCUUCGACAAAGUUUAGAUGGCUUACUAAACCAGCUGAAGAAUUUUCCUGCUCGGCUACGUCAAUAUGCUUCCUAUGAAUAUGUUCAGAGACUUCUGAAGGGUUACAUGAAGAUAAAUAUGUUGGUAAUUGAGCUGAAAUCAGAAGCUCUUAAAGAUCGUCACUGGAAACAACUGAUGAAGAGGCUGCAUGUCAAUUGGGUGGUUUCUGAACUAACUCUGGGGCAGAUUUGGGAUGUUGACUUGCAGAAGAAUGAAUUGAUUGUGAAGGAUGUGCUACUGGUGGCACAGGGAGAGAUGGCACUGGAAGAAUUCUUGAAGCAGAUACGUGAAGUAUGGAAUACCUAUGAGUUGGAUUUGGUUAAUUAUCAGAACAAAUGUCGUUUGAUUCGUGGUUGGGAUGACCUCUUCAACAAGGUCAAAGAGCACAUCAACAGUGUAUCUGCAAUGAAGCUUUCUCCAUACUACAAGGUAUUUGAAGAAGAUGCCCUUAGCUGGGAAGACAAACUGAAUCGAAUUAUGGCACUCUUUGAUGUCUGGAUAGAUGUCCAGAGGCGCUGGGUUUACUUGGAAGGCAUCUUCACGGGUAGUGCCGAUAUCAAACAUCUGCUGCCAGUUGAAACCCAGAGGUUCCAAAGCAUCAGUACAGAGUUUCUGGCUCUCAUGAAAAAGGUAUCAAAAUCUCCCUUGGUAAUGGAUGUUCUGAAUAUUCAGGGUGUACAGAGAUCUCUGGAAAGAUUAGCAGACUUGCUUGGAAAGAUCCAAAAAGCCUUGGGAGAAUACCUGGAGAGAGAGAGAGCUUCUUUCCCUCGGUUCUAUUUUGUUGGGGAUGAAGACUUGCUCGAAAUCAUUGGAAACAGCAAAAAUGUAGCUAAACUGCAGAAACAUUUCAAGAAGAUGUUUGCUGGAGUGUCAAGCAUUAUCCUUAACGAAGACAACUCCAUUGUUCUCGGGAUAUCAUCACGUGAGGGAGAGGAGGUGAUAUUCAAAACUCCUGUGUCAAUCACUGAGCAUCCAAAGAUCAAUGAGUGGCUCACACUUGUUGAAAAAGAAAUGAGGGUAACACUUGCCAAACUUCUUGCUGAGUCUGAAACAGAAAUUGAGAUCUUUGGCAAAGCAACUUCAAUUGAUCCAGCUACUUACAUCUCAUGGAUUGACAAAUAUCAGGCCCAACUUGUUGUCCUUUCAGCUCAGAUUGCCUGGUCAGAAAAUGUGGAGUCUGCUUUGAACAGCAUGGGUGGAGGUGGUGAUAGUACUCCUCUGCAAUCUGUGCUGACCAAUGUCGAAGCGACACUGAAUGUGCUUGCAGACUCCGUGUUGAUGGAGCAGCCUCCUCUCCGCAGAAAAAAACUGGAACACCUUAUCACUGAAUUGGUGCACCAAAGAGAUGUUACAAGAUCAUUGAUCAAAAGCAGAAUUGACAACUCCAAAUCAUUUGAUUGGUUGAGCCAGAUGAGGUUCUACUUUGAUCCUAAACAAACAGAUGUCCUGCAGCAACUAUCCAUUCAGAUGGCUAAUGCCAAAUUCAACUAUGGCUUUGAGUACCUUGGAGUUCAAGAUAAACUGGUGCAGACUCCUCUUACUGAUCGUUGUUACCUGACAAUGACGCAAGCUUUGGAGGCCAGGCUGGGAGGUUCUCCAUUUGGACCUGCUGGAACUGGUAAAACAGAAUCUGUUAAAGCUCUUGGACAUCAGCUUGGAAGAUUUGUUCUUGUUUUCAACUGUGAUGAAACAUUUGAUUUCCAGGCAAUGGGCCGCAUCUUUGUGGGCCUCUGUCAAGUAGGUGCAUGGGGCUGCUUUGAUGAGUUUAACAGACUUGAGGAGCGAAUGCUUUCUGCUGUUUCUCAGCAAGUCCAGUGCAUUCAGGAAGCCUUGCGAGAACACUCAAAUCCAAACUAUGACAAAUCUGCCGCCCCUAUUACCUGUGAAUUGCUAAACAAACAAGUGAAAGUGAGUCCAGAUAUGGCAAUCUUCAUCACAAUGAACCCUGGCUAUGCGGGUCGAUCAAAUCUUCCAGACAACUUGAAGAAACUGUUCCGUAGUUUGGCCAUGACAAAGCCUGACCGUCAACUGAUUGCUCAGGUCAUGUUGUAUUCCCAAGGAUUUCGGACAGCUGAAGUGCUUGCCAACAAGAUUGUCCCCUUCUUUAAACUGUGUGAUGAGCAGCUCUCCUCUCAAAGCCAUUAUGAUUUCGGCUUGAGAGCUUUGAAAAGUGUGCUGGUCAGUGCGGGCAAUGUGAAAAGAGAAAGAAUUCAGAGAAUAAAGCGAGAGAAGGAAGAGCGUGGUGAAGUUGUUGAUGAAGGAGAAAUUGCUGAGAAUUUACCAGAACAGGAGAUUCUGAUCCAGAGUGUUUGUGAAACUAUGGUACCAAAACUGGUUGCAGAAGACAUACCAUUGCUUUUCAGUCUCUUGUCAGAUGUGUUCCCUGGCAUUCAGUAUCACCGAGGAGAAAUGACUGCACUGAGGGAGGAACUUAAGAAAGUCUGUCAGGAAAUGUACCUCACAUAUGGUGAUGGAGAAGAUAUUGGUAGUAUGUGGGUGGAAAAGGUUCUUCAGCUCUAUCAAAUUACCCAGAUCAACCAUGGUUUGAUGAUGGUCGGUCCUUCUGGGAGUGGAAAGAGCAUGGCUUGGAGAGUGCUGUUGAAAGCUCUGGAGAGACUAGAGGGUGUGGAAGGUGUUGCACAUAUAAUUGAUCCCAAAGCUAUCAGCAAAGACCAUCUUUAUGGUACUUUAGAUCCCAACACCAGAGAGUGGACAGACGGGUUGUUUACCCAUGUCUUAAGAAAAAUUAUAGAUAAUGUGAGAGGGGAACUGCAAAAACGACAGUGGAUUAUCUUUGAUGGAGAUGUUGAUCCCGAGUGGGUUGAAAAUUUGAACUCCGUUCUGGAUGACAAUAAGUUGCUGACAUUACCAAAUGGAGAACGUCUGAGCCUUCCACCGAAUGUGCGCAUCAUGUUUGAAGUUCAAGAUUUGAAAUAUGCCACUCUAGCCACAGUGUCACGAUGUGGCAUGGUUUGGUUCAGUGAAGAUGUUUUAAGUACUGACAUGAUUUUCAGUAAUUUCUUGGCCCGGCUGAGAAGUAUCCCCCUCGAUGAAGGUGAAGAAGAAGCUCAGCGCAGGAGAAAAGGAAAAGAAGAUGAAAGUGAAGAAACAGCAUCUCCAAUGUUGCAGAUUCAAAGAGAUGCAGCAACAAUUAUGCAGCCAUAUUUCACAUCUAAUGGACUGGUGACAAAGGCACUUGAACAUGCUUUUAAACUGGAGCACAUUAUGGACCUCACCCGAUUACGCUGUCUUGGUUCUCUCUUCUCCAUGCUUCACCAAGCAUGCCGCAAUGUAGCACAGUAUAAUGCCAACCAUCCAGACUUUCCAAUGCAAAUAGAUCAACUAGAACGCUACAUCCAGAGAUACCUAGUGUAUGCAAUCCUGUGGUCGUUCUCUGGAGACAGCCGUCUGAAAAUGAGAGCAGAGCUAGGUGAAUAUAUCAGAAGAAUUACUACAGUGCCACUGCCUAGUGCACCAAAUAUACCCAUAAUCGAUUAUGAGGUCUCCAUCACUGGUGAAUGGGUGCCUUGGCAGUCAAAGGUCCCACAAAUUGAAGUUGAGACUCACAAAGUUGCAGCUCCUGAUGUUGUUGUGCCAACGCUUGACACUGUUCGCCAUGAAGCUUUGCUGUAUACUUGGCUUGCAGAGCACAAACCACUGGUACUCUGUGGCCCACCAGGAUCUGGAAAGACCAUGACUCUCUUUAGUGCACUCAGGGCCUUGCCUGACAUGGAGGUGGUUGGCUUGAAUUUCUCCAGUGCUACCACUCCAGAACUACUCCUGAAAACAUUUGAUCACUAUUGUGAGUACAGGCGUACACCUAAUGGUGUGGUGUUAGCUCCAGUUCAGCUGGGAAAAUGGCUGGUACUCUUCUGUGAUGAAAUCAACUUGCCGGAUAUGGAUAAAUAUGGUACACAGAGGGUCAUAUCCUUUAUUAGACAGAUGGUAGAGCAUGGAGGUUUCUACCGUACAUCAGACCAGACCUGGGUGAAAUUGGAACGAAUUCAGUUUGUUGGUGCAUGCAAUCCACCUACAGAUCCUGGAAGAAAACCUCUUUCACAUAGAUUCUUGCGCCAUGUUCCUGUUGUAUAUGUGGACUACCCUGGGCCAGCUUCACUCACUCAAAUUUAUGGCACUUUCAAUCGUGCUAUGUUGAGACUUAUUCCAUCUCUCCGCACAUAUGCAGAACCACUCACUGCUGCAAUGGUUGAGUUCUACACAAUGUCACAGGAAAGGUUUACUCAAGAUACACAGCCACACUAUAUCUAUUCACCCCGUGAAAUGACUCGAUGGGUGCGAGGUAUCUUUGAAGCUCUGAGACCUCUGGAAACAUUGCCUGUUGAAGGACUCAUUAGAAUUUGGGCACAUGAAGCCUUGCGUCUCUUCCAGGACAGGCUUGUGGAAGAUGAGGAGAGACGAUGGACUGAUGAAAACAUUGAUAUGGUGGCUCUGAAACACUUCCCCAAUAUAGACAAAGAGAAAGCUAUGUGCAGACCCAUUCUCUACAGCAAUUGGCUUUCAAAGGAUUAUAUCCCAGUUGACCAAGAGGAGUUAAGAGAUUAUGUUAAAGCUAGACUGAAAGUUUUCUACGAAGAAGAACUUGAUGUGCCGCUUGUCUUAUUCAAUGAAGUAUUAGAUCAUGUGCUACGAAUUGACAGAAUCUUCCGUCAGCCUCAGGGGCACUUACUUCUCAUUGGUGUCAGUGGAGCAGGAAAAACUACUCUGUCGCGAUUCGUGGCAUGGAUGAAUGGUUUAAGUGUCUACCAAAUUAAGGUACAUAGAAAGUACACUGGGGAAGAUUUUGAUGAAGAUCUAAGAACAGUAUUGAGACGGUCUGGCUGUAAGAAUGAGAAAAUUGCAUUCAUAAUGGAUGAAUCAAAUGUACUUGAUUCUGGAUUUCUGGAGCGAAUGAAUACUCUUCUGGCCAAUGGAGAGGUCCCUGGACUGUUUGAAGGAGAUGAAUAUGCCACGCUUAUGACUCAGUGUAAGGAAGGAGCCCAGAAAGAGGGCUUGAUGUUGGACUCACAUGAAGAACUUUAUAAGUGGUUCACUAGUCAAGUGAUCCGAAAUCUCCACGUAGUUUUUACAAUGAAUCCAUCUUCAGAAGGGUUGAAAGAUAGAGCAGCUACAUCUCCAGCCCUCUUCAACAGGUGUGUUUUGAACUGGUUUGGAGACUGGUCCACUGAGGCACUUUAUCAAGUUGGUAAAGAAUUCACUAGUAAAAUGGAUCUUGAGAAACCAAAUUACAUUGUGCCAGAUUACAUGCCAGUUGUCUAUGACAAGCUGCCACAGCCUCCAUCACAUAGAGAAGCUAUUGUAAACAGUUGUGUGUUUGUUCAUCAGACACUUCAUCAGGCUAAUGCUCGACUGGCAAAACGAGGUGGCAGAACAAUGGCCAUCACUCCUCGUCAUUAUUUGGACUUCAUCAACCACUAUGCAAAUUUAUUCAAUGAAAAGAGGAGUGAACUGGAAGAGCAGCAGAUGCAUUUGAAUGUUGGGCUCAGGAAGAUAAAGGAAACUGUUGACCAGGUAGAAGAACUGCGCCGUGACUUAAGAAUAAAAAGCCAGGAGCUUGAAGUGAAGAAUGCAGCAGCUAAUGAUAAAUUAAAAAAGAUGGUAAAAGAUCAGCAAGAAGCAGAGAAGAAAAAGGUUAUGAGCCAAGAAAUUCAAGAACAGUUACACAAACAGCAAGAGGUCAUUGCUGAUAAGCAGAUGAGUGUGAAAGAAGAUCUGGAUAAAGUAGAGCCUGCAGUUAUUGAGGCACAGAAUGCGGUGAGCUCUAUAAAGAAACAACAUCUUGUUGAAGUAAGAACCAUGGCCAAUCCACCUCCUGCAGUAAAACUGGCUUUAGAAUCAAUCUGUCUCUUGUUGGGUGAAGAGACAAGUGACUGGAAAAAGAUCAGGCCAGUUAUUCUCAGAGAUAAUUUCAUCAGCAGCAUUGUCAACUUUAAUAUUGAAGAUACGAGUGAUGCCAUCCGGGAGAAGAUGAAGAAGAACUAUUUAUCAAAUCCAAGCUAUAAUUAUGAAAUUGUGAACAGAGCAUCUUUGGCUUGUGGACCUAUGGUAAAAUGGGCUAUUGCACAGUUGAAUUAUGCUGACAUGUUGAAACGAGUAGAGCCCCUGAGGAAUGAGCUGCAGAAACUUGAAGAUGAUGCCAAAGACAACCAACAGAAGGCCAAUGAAGUUGAGCAGAUGAUUAGAGACCUGGAGACCAGCAUUGCCCGUUACAAGGAGGAGUAUGCUGUGCUGAUUUCUGAAGCUCAGGCUAUUAAGGCAGAUCUAGCUGCUGUGGAAGCAAAAGUAAAUCGCAGCACAGCUCUUUUGAAGAGCUUGUCUGCUGAACGUGAAAGAUGGGAGAAAACAAGUGAAACCUUCAAGAAUCAGAUGUCCACAAUUGCAGGAGACUGUUUGCUCUCAGGAGCAUUUAUUGCUUACGCUGGCUAUUUUGACCAACAGAUGCGACAAAAUCUGUUCACAACUUGGUCCCAUCACUUGCAACAGGCAAAUAUUCAGUUCCGUACAGAUAUUGCUAGAACAGAAUACUUGUCGAAUGCAGAUGAACGUCUCCGUUGGCAAGCAAGUUCUCUCCCUGCAGAUGACUUGUGCACAGAAAAUGCAAUAAUGCUCAAGAGAUUUAACAGGUAUCCCUUAAUUAUUGACCCUUCGGGCCAAGCUACAGAAUUCAUCAUGAAUGAAUACAAGGACCGUAAAAUAACCCGUACUAGCUUUUUGGAUGAUGCGUUCAGAAAGAAUUUGGAAAGUGCACUGCGAUUUGGUAAUCCUCUGCUUGUCCAGGAUGUGGAGAGCUAUGACCCUGUUCUGAAUCCUGUGCUGAACCGUGAAGUCCGUAGAACUGGUGGUCGAGUUCUUAUUACUUUGGGAGAUCAAGAUAUUGAUUUAUCACCAUCAUUUGUAAUAUUCCUUUCCACCAGGGAUCCAACAGUUGAGUUUCCACCAGAUCUCUGUUCCCGUGUGACAUUUGUCAACUUCACAGUAACUCGUAGCAGCUUACAGAGUCAAUGCCUAAAUGAGGUACUGAAAGCUGAAAGACCAGAUGUGGAUGAGAAACGUUCUGAUCUCCUCAAACUUCAAGGUGAAUUCCAGCUGCGUUUGCGGCAGCUAGAAAAAUCUCUUCUCCAAGCCCUCAAUGAAGUAAAAGGACGUAUCUUGGAUGAUGAUACCAUCAUAACCACUUUGGAGAACCUAAAGAGAGAGGCAGCUGAGGUUACUAGAAAAGUAGAAGAAACCGAUAUUGUCAUGCAAGAGGUGGAAACAGUGUCUCAGCAAUAUCUCCCACUUUCUACUGCAUGUAGCAGUAUUUACUUCACAAUGGAGUCAUUGAAGCAGAUACACUUCCUGUAUCAGUAUUCUCUUCAGUUUUUCUUGGAUAUCUAUCAUAAUGUCUUAUAUGAGAACCCAAAUUUGAAGGGAAUUACAGACCAUACCCAGCGUCUCUCUAUUAUCACGAAAGAUCUGUUCCAGGUGGCAUUCAAUAGAGUUGCUCGUGGCAUGCUACAUCAGGAUCACAUAACCUUUGCAAUGCUGUUGGCCAGAAUAAAACUGAAAGGCACUAUAGGAGAGCCUACGUAUGAUGCAGAAUUCCAGCAUUUCCUGAGAGGGAAAGAAAUUGUACUCAGCAAUACGGUUCUCCCCAAAAUUAGUGGCCUGACCUUAGAACAACUGGAAGCUAUGAUGAGACUGAGCUGCCUUUCUUCCUUUAAGGACCUUGUUUCUAAAGUCAAAGCUGAUGAUCAAUUCUGCAUUUGGCUGGAUAGCAGUUCACCAGAGCAGACUGUGCCCUAUCUUUGGACAGAAGACAAACCUGCAACAUCCAUCGGACAGGCCAUACAUCGCUUGCUUUUGAUCCAAGCUUUCCGCCCUGAUCGUUUAUUGGCAAUGGCGCAUCAGUUUGUUUCCACAAAUCUUGGAGAAAAUUUUAUGUCCAUUAUGGAGCAGCCCUUGGAUCUGGCUCACAUUGUAGAUACUGAGGUGAAGCCUAACACACCUGUGUUGAUGUGCUCUGUACCUGGCUAUGAUGCCAGUGGACAUGUUGAAGACCUUGCUGCAGAGCAAAAUACACAGAUCACCUCUAUUGCUAUUGGUUCUGCUGAAGGAUUUAACCAAGCUGAUAAAGCAAUCAAUACAGCAGUAAAGUCAGGCAGGUGGGUCAUGUUGAAGAAUGUCCACUUGGCACCUGGAUGGCUGAUGCAACUGGAAAAGAAGCUGCAUUCCCUUCAGCCUCAUGCAUGCUUUAGAUUGUUCCUUACAAUGGAGAUUAAUCCAAAAGUGCCAGUAAACUUGUUACGUGCUGGAAGAAUUUUUGUGUUUGAACCACCACCUGGUGUAAAGGCCAAUAUGUUGAGAACCUUUAGCAGCAUCCCUGUGUCUAGAAUGUGCAAGUCACCAAACGAGCGUGCACGUCUCUAUUUCCUUCUUGCAUGGUUCCAUGCUAUUAUUCAAGAACGUCUGCGAUAUGCUCCUCUUGGCUGGUCAAAAAAAUAUGAAUUUGGAGAAUCUGAUUUAAGAUCUGCAUGUGAUACCGUGGAUACAUGGCUUGAUGAUACAGCAAAGGGUCGUCAGAAUAUCUCACCUGACAAGAUUCCAUGGUCUGCCCUGAAGACUCUGAUGGCUCAGUCAAUUUACGGCGGCCGCAUUGAUAACGAGUUUGACCAACGGUUAUUGAACACUUUCCUGGAGCGACUCUUUACCACGCUAAGCUUUGACAGUGAAUUCAAAUUGGCUUCCAAAGUUGAUGGGCAUAAAGACAUACAGAUGCCAGAUGGAAUCCGACGUGAAGAAUUUGUACAAUGGGUUGAAUUGCUGCCAGAUACACAAACUCCCUCCUGGCUUGGAUUACCAAAUAAUGCUGAGAAGGUUCUUCUCACCACACAAGGUAUUGAUAUGAUCAGUAAAAUGCUGAAAAUGCAGAUGCUAGAAGAUGAAGAUGAUUUAGCCUAUGCAGAGACAGAGAAGAAGGCACGAACAGAUUCUACAUCCGAUGGUCGCCCCGCCUGGAUGCGGACACUGCACACUACUGCUUCCAACUGGCUCCAUCUCAUCCCACAAACUCUGAAUCAUCUAAAACGAACUGUGGAAAACAUUAAGGACCCAUUGUUCAGAUUCUUUGAAAGAGAAGUGAAAAUGGGAGCAAAACUCCUUCAGGAUGUCCGCCAAGAUCUUGCAGAUGUAGUUCAAGUGUGUGAAGGAAAGAAGAAGCAAACCAAUUAUCUACGGAUGCUUAUUAAUGAAUUGGUAAAAGGUAUAUUGCCUCAUAGCUGGUCUCACUAUACUGUACCCGCUGGCAUGACAGUCAUACAGUGGGUGUCUGACUUCAGCGAACGAAUUAAACAGCUGCAGAAUAUCUCCCAGGCUGCUGCUUCAGGUGGUGCAAAGGAACUAAAGAACAUUCAUGUCUGCCUGGGAGGCCUGUUUGUACCCGAGGCUUACAUUACUGCUACAAGGCAAUAUGUAGCUCAAGCUAACAGCUGGUCCCUGGAAGAACUCUGCCUAGAAGUCAAUGUUACCACCACUCAGAAUGCAGUAUUGGAUGCCUGCAGUUUUGGAGUAACCGGGCUGAAACUUCAAGGAGCCACGUGUAACAACAACAAGCUGUCACUUUCCAAUGCUAUUUCAACAGUACUGCCCAUAACUCAACUUCGCUGGAUCAGACAGACAAAUGCUGAUAAAAAGUCUAAUGUGGUGACCCUGCCUGUUUAUCUGAACUUUACUCGGGCUGAUCUGAUCUUCACUGUUGACUUUGAAAUUGCUACCAAGGAAGAUCCUCGUAGCUUCUAUGAACGUGGUGUGGCUGUCCUGUGCACUGAGUAAAUGGUUCUAUAUUGGUACAUUAAUAUUGAAUUAAUAAUUAAAUACAGCUUUACAGCAUUA